CAGCCACGGCAGAGCUCUCUGAGCGCUAUCAGGAUGCGUCUCCUGUCGAUUCUCCUGCUGCUCUGCGCGGCGGUACUCGCCGCACAAGCGGACAUCGUCAAGUACCGGCCAUGCAAGCACGUCGGCCAGUCCUGCGGAUCGUACAAUAAGAACGUCUGCGUGCGGUGUCCCAAGGGCGUGGGACUGUGCUGUGUCGCCCGACCAGUGCCCGUUCCAGUCUACCACUGCAAACAUCCCGGUCAGAAAUGCGGCACUGGAGUCUGCGGCAGGUGCAAGAGGAACCCCAAGCAGCUCUGCUGCAACCCCCGAAUCCGACCGAGGCCCAGACCCAUUAUUGAAAAGUGCACGCGCAUUAAUCAGAAAUGCGCCUAUGGAGUUUGUCGCAGGUGUCGGAAAAACCCCAAGCAACUCUGCUGUAUCCGCAGGAGGCCUAGGCCCGUGAAGUGCACGCAAGUUGGCAAGAAAUGCCGCCGAGGUGUGUGCAAAAGGUGUCGGAAGAACCCCAAACGGCUCUGCUGUGUUCGCAGGAGGAGGCCCGUUAAGUGCUUGAAGAAAGGCCACAAAUGCCGACGCGGUGUCUGCGGAAGGUGCCCGAAAAACCCCAAGAAGCUCUGCUGUAUCCGCAGGCGCCGGCCACGCAGAUCGCCCAUUGUAAAGUGCAAGCAGGUUGGUCGGAAAUGCGCCUAUGGAGUCUGUGCCAGGUGCCGGAAAAACCCCAAACAACUCUGCUGUAUCCGCAGGAGGCCUAGGCCCGUCCAGUGCAAGCGGAUCGGUCAGACCUGCAGACACGGAGUCUGCGUCCGGUGCAAGAACAACCCCAAACGGAUCUGCUGUCAGCGCCGCCGGCGACGGAGGUCACUCGCCCAGUGCAAGAAGAGAUGUAGAGGUUACGACAGGUACUGCACCCGUCGCGGGUGUCCCAGAGGGUACAAGGGCGGCUACUGCUGCCGCCGGCGGGUCCGUCCCAGCACACUGAAGCAAUGCAAGGCUAGGUGUCGGGGCCGCUACCAGUACUGCAGCACGUCCGGAUGCAGGAAGGGCUACAAGGGCUACUGCUGCCGCACGCGUCGCAACAUCUCCAUCCAUGAGUGCCAGAAGACCUGCAGAGCUGGAAGCUACUGCACGACUAAAUGCCCUAAGCACAUCAGGGGCUACUGCUGUGUGCCCAAGUACUACAAGGGCUAAAGUCACCGUUAACAGCACCACCAGCUCAUCGAAGGCCGGAUAUCCAGGGAGGUGUCCGACAAACCUCGAUGAUGAUGCAAAAAGGAGCCGUCCGACGUGCUUUUAAUUGAAAGUGUGUUAAAAAAGGUACUUUCCAUCGUCAUAAAUUGCGAAGUUCUUUUGAAAUACAUACGGCAAUACAUGAGCAAAGCAAG